AUGUAUAGUGUAGUCUUGUCAUCUUAUAACACUCCCUACACCAGCACUUAUCAUGACAUGUAUAGUGUAGUCUUGUCAUCUUAUAACACUCCCUACACCAGCACUUAUCAUGACAUGUAUAGUGUAGUCUUGUCAUCUUAUAACACUCCCUACACCAGCACUUAUCAUGACAUGUACAGUGUAGUCUUGUCAUCUUAUAACACUCCCUACACCAGCACUUAUCAUGACAUGUAUAGUGUAGUCUUGUCAUCUUAUAACACUCCCUACACCAGCACUUAUCAUGACAUGUAUAGUGUAGUCUUGUCAUCUUAUAACACUCCCUACACCAGCACUUAUCAUGACAUGUAUAGUGUAGUCUUGUCAUCUUAUAACACUCCCUACACCAGCACUUAUCAUGACAUGUAUAGUGUAGUCUUGUCAUCUUAUAACACUCCCUACACCAGCACUUAUCAUGACAUGUAUAGUGUAGUCUUGUCAUCUUAUAACACUCCCUACACCAGCACUUAUCAUGACAUGUAUAGUGUAGCCUUGUCAUCUUAUAACACUCCCUACACCAGCACUUAUCAUGACAUGUAUAGUGUAGUCUUGUCAUCUUAUAACAAUCCCUACACCAGCACUUAUCAUGACAUGUAUAGUGUAGUCUUGCCAUCUUAUAACACUCCCUACACCAGCACUUAUCAUGACAUGUAUAGUGUAGUCUUGCCAUCUUAUAACACUCCCUACACCAGCACUUAUCAUGACAUGUAUAGUGUAGUCUUGCCAUCUUAUAACACUCCCUACACCAGCACUUAUCAUGACAUGUAUAGUGUAGUCUUGCCAUCUUAUAACACUCCCUACACCAGCACUUAUCAUGACAUGUAUAGUGUAGUCUUGUCAUCUUAUAACACUCCCUACACCAGCACUUAUCAUGACAUGUAUAGUGUAGUCUUGUCAUCUUAUAACACUCCCUACACCAGCACUUAUCAUGACAUGUAUAGUGUAGUCUUGUCAUCUUAUAACACUCCCUACACCAGCACUUAUCAUGACAUGUAUAGUGUAGUCUUGUCAUCUUAUAACACUCCCUACACCAGCACUUAUCAUGACAUGUAUAGUGUAGUCUUGUUAUCUUAUAACACUCCCUACACCAGCACUUAUCAUGACAUGUAUAGUGUAGUCUUGUUAUCUUAA